AUGGUCAAGGCCCUGCUUAUCACUGCCCUCGCUGCCCAGGCUACUGCCUACGCCAUUGGCCAGCGUGGCGAGGAAAUCGUCGGUGGCAAGGACACCGACAUCAAGGACGUUCCCUACCAGAUCCAAUUUGACGCUGGUGGUGCCUUCUGUGGCGGUUCUAUUAUCAACAAGAACACCAUUCUCACCGCCGGCCACUGUGUUGAGGGCGGCAGCGCUUCCGACUUCAGCAUCAAGGUUGGCAACAGCGCCCUCGACAAGGGUACGACUUACCAGGUCUCCGAGGUCUUCCAGCACCCCAAGUACAACGGUCAGAUCGCUGACUAUGACGCUGCCAUCCUUAAGCUCACCAAGUCCAUUAAAUUUGGCCCUGGCGUCCAGGCCGUUGCCGGCCUCGCUGAUAAGGAGCCCGCUGUUGGUGAUAUCGGUCUUGUCUCCGGCUGGGGCACCGAGGGAGAGAAGAACCCAGACCUUGCCUCGACGCUCCAGUCCGUCCAGGUUCCCGUCAUUGAUCGCGCUCAGUGCGCCAAGAUGUACCAGAGUGGCAGCUACCACGACACUGUCACCGACCGCAUGUUCUGCGCCUCCGUCCCCGAAGGUGGAAAGGACUCCUGCAGCGGCGACUCUGGUGGCCCCUUCAUCGUCAACGGCAAGCUCGCUGGUAUCGUCUCCUGGGGUGAGGGCUGUGCCCGCGCCGAUGCUCCUGGUGUUUACGGCAACAUUGCUCAGGCUGAGAUGCACGACUUUAUCACCUCUCACCUGUAAAUACGGUGAAAACAAUGGAUAUGAAGACUCG